AUGGCACGCUCCAAAACCAAGGGCCCCCUGAAGCGGCAUCAUGCGUUUCACGGUAUCGUCAUGGUCUGCGGUUGGUUGCUACCGCCUCUGGCCGUGCUUAUCCGCUUCGGUGUAGGUCUCGACCUUUUCAUCAACAUCAUCUGCACCAUUGCUGGCUAUAUUCCGGGCCAUGUCCACAACUUUUGGAUCCAAAACAUUCGAAACAACAAAAACUCGCGACACUCGCCUUCGUGGGCGAUCCGCUAUGGUCUCGUCAAGGACUACCGUGUCAAGCGCACCGCUAACGGCUGGUCUGAUCGAUACGGAGACUCGGCAACCGAGUGGCAGAACCAGGAGGUGAUUGUCGAUCCCAUCACGGGUGAGACGCGUCGGGAUCCUGAUUCUGCUCGCAAGACUGGCAACAUCCGUUCUGGAAGCCGCUUCCUUUCCCCUUGGGCCGACAAUGUCGAUGACAGCCCGCGUGCAGAGCGUGAGGACCCAUACGCCGAUGAGAGGCGACAGAAUUCUGGUCGCUCGGCUAACAUACAGCGUGAUCCCAUAACGGGUGCUAUCAUUGACGACGGCGGUCAUGGUGGAUCGGGUUCGCUUUCUCGCUCCAGUUCGAGGAGGAGUCUUGGCAGUCGUUAUGCUGAACGAUAUGGCAUCGGUGCUGGCACCGAAGCGUCGUCCAGAAGCUCGCUGAGCUAUGUCAACGACUCACGCGACCAGAAUAGCGGCUCCAAGUGGGGACAAUCCAACUCGUCCAAGUCCAAGAAAAAGGACCGCUGGGCAAGGGAAGCUGAAGCACUUGGAAAUCCUUCACAGCAAUCGUACAGCGCCGACAGCUACGGCUACGAAGAUAGCUCGCGCAACUAUGGAGCGAGCGACAGAGGCGGAAACCGUUCCAGUCGCAUCCGAGACCCCCUAACUGAUCGUCACGACUUCUAA